AUGGCCCUUCGAGAAGUUACAAACACGAAGUCGAGGGCUUCUGGAUCCAAGGUAACAUCAAACUGCGCCUUGACUUCGUAUCAAGAAGAUGAAGACAUACAAAAAAUUGACGCGCACCUUCACUUUGGAGAUGAUCUCAUCUUUUGUUGCAUCGGUACCCCCGCUCAUCAAGCAAAUGCGGCACGUACAGCGAUACGAUUGAUUAUCUUAUCUUGUUAUGUUACUAAUAGUAAAAUUCUGCUCGCGAAUGCCAUUCUAUGGAGUCAAACUCCGUUGAAUGCGGAACUCUCGCAUCUAUUUAACGACACACAGGCCAAAUUCACCGACUCGUACGAUCUACCGUCAUCAGAACCUCGACUCAGAGCUUUACAUCCUGAUACGACGAUUUCUUCGCCACCUAUUCCAGCCCUACGGAGUUAA